AUGGUGGAUUCACAAAAAGCAGAAAAGGGCAAGUCAAAAGGUCUGCUGCAGCGACUAAACGAUGGAGACAUUUUUUUGGCUGCUGAGGGCUAUCUAUUCCAGUUUAUUCAGCGAGGGUACAUAAAAUCGGGUUCCAUGGUGCCGGAAGUUGUGAUAGAACAUCCGCAUCUUGUGCAGAAUAUGCAUGAAGAAUUCGUGCACGCUGGCAGUGAUGUUGUGUUGGCCUUUACGUAUUACGGACAUCGUCAAAAGUUGAAUGUCACUGGGCAUGAAGACGAAGUAGAAAAAUAUAAUCGCAACUCUCUCCGAAUAGCACGUAAGGUUGCCGAUGCUACUGGAACACUAAUGGCGGGAGAUUUAAGCAACACCACCAUUUUUGAACCAAAUAACGCAGAAGCCAUUGAAAAGGUGAAGGCCAUGUUCAAGGAGCAAGUAAUAUGGGCGAGAGAGGAAGGUGCCGAUUAUAUUGUCGCAGAAACAAUACCUACAUAUGAGGAAUGCGCUUUGGCAUUAGAAGCUGUGAAGGAAUAUGGUCAAGGUUUACCAGCAGUUGUGACACUUGGCCCAACUUCCAAAUCGACUACACUGGAAGGAAUGCCAUUCGGAGAGGCAUGUAGGAAAUUGGAGGAGAAGGGCGCCGCUGUCGUUGGUUUGAAUUGCAGCCUCGGGCCGCGAAUGAUGGUUCCUUUCAUUAAGGAAAUUAGGCAAGCCUGUAAGGGUCCCAUUGCAGCAUUGCCUGUGGGCUAUACUACCACCCGACAAUUCCCAACCUUCCAGACCUUCAAGGACAAAACUACGGGUAAAUACUGUUUUCCUAACGACUUGGCUCAGUUCCAGUGUAGUCUGAAUGAGAUUGAAUAUUUUGCUCAGUCUUGCAAGGAUAUUGGCGUCCAGUAUGUUGGCCUCUGUUGUGGGAACAAUGCCGAAUUCUUCCGACAUUUAGUGGAAACUCUCGGCAAAUCCGCACCGGCUCUUCGGUAUAAAACUGACAUGUCGAACCAUUUCCUCUUCGGUAAUCUGCCUAUGAGCAGUUACAACGAGAUGCAUAGAAAGGCAUUUCUUAAUGUGGAUGUUUAA